CAUACAUGAAAAUGGAGUUUCGUUUCGUCCUCUUCCUUGCAGCACUGAUUUCAUUUUUAGCUUACUUUGAAGGAUCAACCGCGCUAAAUCGGAGUAGCUUUCCUGAUGGUUUUAUCUUCGGAGCAGGAUCGAGUGCUUACCAGUAUGAAGGGGCAACAAGGGCAGAUGGGAGGCAACCAAGCAUAUGGGAUAUUUUUGUGAAGUUAUAUCCAGAGAAAAUUGCAGAUGAAAGCAAUGGAGAUGUGGCAGAUGAGUUCUAUUAUUUAUUGAAGGUUCUGUGAAUAAUUCUUUAAUUAGUCUUCUCUUUUUAUUCAUUGUUAAAAUUAACUACGGCAUGCUGAAGAAUUAAUUGAACAGGAUGACAUUGCUCGUGUGAAAGAAGUUGGUUUGGAUUCAUUCAGAUUCUCCAUCUCUUGGCCUAGAAUUUUACCUUGAAUGCAUCAUUUUUCGUCAAGAUUUCAUUUUAACCGUCAAAAAUCUUUCUCACCAUUGCUUGAGUGAUGGAGUUUAGGACAACAUUGAGACAAGCCGUGGGGUCUAGGUGGCUUAUAGCGUGACACAAGCUUUGUGAUAUCUGGAGCAUAAUCUGACGUAUGUGGCUGCUCAAGGCUUGACCAAGGUUCGGGCAACUCAAGUCAUGACUUAAGGUUGGAGGUGUCUUGAGCCUUAACUUGGGCUCCAAGGCAACUUAGGCUGACUGGAGGUUCGAGGGCUCGAGGUGUGACUCAAGGAUUGGGCCAAUUUAUAACUUUGGUUGAUUAGGGAUCCAAAAUAGUUUUAGUUGUGAUUUGAAGAAGUAUGAACCAGCUUUAAACAUCACCCAAGUCUUAGGUAACUAUUAAUGUGGUCGCUCUAGGGUGGCUCAAAGAGUUACUCAGACUCUAAGGUGGUGGCAAAAACUUAUUUUUAGUUUUUUACCUUGUUAGAUUUAUAGAUUUUAGCUCCUCAUCUUAUAUUAUAACACUUUUAGCCAUUCACCUAUUAGAAUUAAAGAAAAUAGCCCUCGGCAAGGGACUAAAAAUGUCAUACGGCGGGAUUAAUCAAAAAGGAAUCAAUUUCUACAAUCGUCUUAUUGAUUUACUCCUAUCAAACGGAAUACAACCCUUUGUUACUUUGUUCCAUUGGGAUCUUCCAGAAGCACUCGAGGAUGUGUAUGGGGGAUUCCUCAACCCAAAAAUUGUGGACGACUUUCGGGAUUAUGCCAACCUCUGCUUCCAAGAAUUUGGCGAUAGAGUGAAACAAUGGGCGACCCUAAAUGAGCCAAAUUUAUUUACCAAGGGAGGUUAUGCAGAGGGCGGAGGUGCACCGGGUAGAUGUUCUAUCUAUAUAGGUAAUUGCUCUGAGGGAAAUUCAGCAACUGAGCCUUAUAUAGUGAUGCAUCACCUCAUUCUUUCUCAUGCAACCGCUGUACAAUUGUAUAAAGAAAAAUAUCAGACCUUGCAAAAUGGAACAAUUGGGGUUAUAGUGAAUUGUAAUUGGUAUGUGCCAAAAUAUGAUACAAUUGCAAGUAAGAGAGCUGCCCAAAGGGCUCGUGAUUUUGACUGGGGAUGGACUAUUCAUCCAGUGGUUUAUGGUGAUUAUCCCAAAAUAAUGCGAGAGAUGGUAGGGAACCGACUCCCCAAUUUCACAAAAGAACAGUCUAAAAUGAUUAAAGGGUCAUUUAAUUUCCUUGGAGUGAAUUACUAUACUACAAUUUACGCCGAAGACUCUAGGUAUGAUACCGGUGCCAACUUGAGCUACACCACAGAUAGUCAUGUCAACCGUUCUACGGAGAAAAAUGGAAUUCCAAUUUGUGAAUCGACAAGUAUUAGUUGGCUACACAUUUGUCCAUGGGGACUUCGAGAUAUUUUGCUAUAUAUAAAAGGAAGAUAUGAAAGUCCAACUAUCAUUGUAACGGAGAAUGGAAUGGGUUAUCUUGCCAACUCAUCGUCAACAAUGAGUGAUUUUAUCAACGAUAACCUGAGAAUAAAAUAUCAUAGUGUCCAUCUAUCAUAUCUAUCCAAAACAAUCAAGGAAGGGGUUGAUGUGAGGGGUUACUUCAUUUGGUCAUUUCUUGAUAACUUUGAGUGGACUGGGGGUUAUACUAUCCGAUUUGGUAUCACCUAUGUUGACUACGUUAAUGGGUUGCAAAGAUAUUUCAAGAAUUCUGCUUUAUGGUUCCAUAAUUUCCUUAAAAAGGAAAACAUAGCUAGUGCUACUAACUCGUCUCCAUUGUAUUCUGAGUGAUUAUGUUGAACGAUCAUCAUCGGCAUUCUAGAAGCAAGGAGAUAUUUUGCAGAAGUUAGAGAAAUCAAGAAAAAAAAGAUUAAUCUAGAAUAAUGAAAACAAUUUAAGAAUAAAGUUGGUGUGCAAAAUUGUGCGAGUUGAUGUAUUUUCUUUGAAUGUUAUUUUGUGACUUGUUUUGUGCACAAGCACCAUUUAUAG